CUGCAAGGCUCUGGUGCUACGAGGCUCUGGCGGUGCAAUGCUGCGAGGCUCUGGUGCUGCGGCGGUAUCAUCUGUGCAGCUCCUCCAACUCUUACAACCCUUAAAACAACAACAACAACAACAACAACAACAAAAGGCUCAUUUUGUAAGAUUAUAAGCAAGUCAUGUCAGGAGGCAAGUUUGCCCAACCAGCACGCAAACUCCAUGCUCAAGAUAUUCUUCAACUGCAAAAUAUAGGUGACCAAUGGUGCUUCCGUGAAGACACUUUCUCCUUCAGUGUGCAUCUGAUAUGGGCUCAAGGAAAAGUAGUUUCAUACAGCCAAGACAAGAAUGAGGUAAAUUACAAGGUCACCCUGGAUGAUGGAGGCUUUAAAAUUACUGUUACCAACUGUCAGAAUAUUCCUGGUGGAAACUCAUGGAUUUUAGAAGGUCAGUAUGUAAUGGUGGUUGGGGAAAUUGAGCAGGUUGGUAAUACCAGAGUAGUACAAGCAAUCAAGAUGGCUGACCUUUCCACCAACACUGUCCAUCAAUCUACAUGGAAACAUGAAGUUGCUGAAAUAAAAAUGCUAUUGAAACAGAAUCCAAGCAUGUGCAGGUGACAUAUUAGCUACUUAGAAAUUUUAUUUACUAAGUUAGGUGUAAAAGGACUUGUUUGUAAACAAUAAAUUGUCUGCCAUAAUUUAGCAGUGAUCUGUUGUUAAAUAUUACAAAUUUAGCUCUGUGCAAACUAGUUUUAUAAAGAAAAUAUAAAA